AAGUAUAACGCGUAAUUUGACUGGGAAAUUGAGAAUGAGUUUGGGUGGAUGAAUGAAAGCGGAAGGUAUAAUGAGAGUCCACCAACCUUCACCUUUCAGCGUGUUGUUGAUUAGUUAGUUAACUACAUAACACAUAUCUUCUUCUUAUUCUUAUUCUUCUUCCCGCGUAAAACCCAAUUCUGCUAGUAUUGUUUUCCAUGACGACGUCGUUUUUGAACGGCGAAAGAGUCGUCGUUCUCUUUUUCAUCUCUACCAUCCUCUACUCCCUCCCUUUCUCUCUCCUCUCCCAUGCCCUCUCCCUCUCUCUCCUCGCCCUCGCCUCCUUCUUCCUCGAAAUCUCCGUCGAAUCUUCCAUUUCACCCUUCCUUCUCCGCACCAGACCCGGUGCUUCCUCCGGUAUUCUACUCGGCGCCGUCACUCUCCCUUCUCUCAUUCUCUCCAAAUUGAUUCAGUCUUCACGUGGACUCUCCCUCGGUCAACUUCAACCUCAAGAGAUUGAAUAUCUGACAUUGCAAUACUGGGCAACAACUGCCAGCGUCUUCACUGUGCUUCUAUUCCUUGCAUUCACUCUACGGCAUUCUCAUUGGGCUCUAAGGUUUACCUUCUCAUUCAUUUUCUUUCAAGCUCUUCUCUGUAUUGCAGCACUUGUCACUACAUCUCAAAUUGGCUUACACCCUGCACUGAAGCUAUUAUGGGUGUUUUUUCAUGGAUUGGCAUCCGUCAAGCUGAUUCAGCAUUUUAUGAGAACUUUUCCGUCUUGUGCUUCCAUCGGGGAAGCAUUUUUGGUGGCUGCUGGUAUCGUUCUCUAUUUUGGUGAUAUGUUGUUGCUUACUUUAAAAAAGCUAUGUGGACUAUUGGUGUCAUCAGAGUUGGCUACUGCAGAUGAUAUUAAACGAAGUGAGAUAAACAUUAUAAUUCAGGGGCUUGUGCUUGGUCUUCUGCUAUAUCCGAUAGCUUUGAAGUAUAUUCUCCAAAUAUGGGAGUGGUCUAUAAGUACAUCUUAUUCUGAACAAAGGAAAUACUAUGAGAUUGGGAGAUCCCUUAUAUUUUUUGCUUCCCUUGGAUUUGUCCUCAUUGUGAUUGUACCAUUAUGGAUGCAGUUCGUACAAGAGUUUCACAUGCAUCCCUUUUUAUGGGUGCUUUCCUUUGUUUUCUCAGAGCCGUCCAAAAGACUGUCAUUAUGUAUCUAUUGGCUGUGUAUAAUUUGUGUUUCUGUUUUGCGAUUCUAUAACAUAUCUAAGAACAGUAAGAUUGAGAGGAUUCUUUUGCGGAAAUACUACCAUCUGAUAGCUGUUUUGAUGUUUUCACCUGCCCUUAUCUUCCAGCCAAAGUUUCUCGAUCUAGCUUUUGGUGCAGCUUUGGCAGUUUUCUUAAUAUUAGAAAUUAUUCGAGUAUGGAGAAUCUGGCCCUUGGGACAACCAAUAAAUCAAUUUAUGAAUGCAUUCACCGACCAUCGUGACUCUGAUUUUCUCAUUGUCAGUCAUUUCUCACUCUUGCUUGGAUGUGCUCUCCCUAUUUGGAUGUCUUCUGGUUACAAUGAUCGACCUCUUGCCCCUUUUGCGGGAAUUUUGAGCCUAGGAAUUGGAGAUACAAUGGCAUCAAUGGUUGGGCACAAGUAUGGUGUCUUAAGGUGGAGUAAAACUGGCAAGAAAACCGUCGAAGGUACUGCAGCUGGUAUAACGUCUGUACUUGCUGCUUGCUCUUUACUCCUUCCACUCUUAGCAUCAACCGGAUACAUUUUCACUCAGCAUUGGUUCACUCUUCUUCUAGCUGUGACUGUAAGUGGUUUGUUGGAGGCCUACACGGCUCAACUUGACAACGCAUUUAUUCCACUUUUUUUCUAUAGUCUUCUCUGUUUGUAGGCUUAGCUCUCACGAGAGCAAGUUGCCUUGAAGAGCAAUGCUGGGUUUCUGCAAAAAUGCUUUCCUGGUUGGCCAGUGUUUUGACAGAAGAUAUCAGCUAAUCAUUAACCAUUACAACGAUACAUGACACUUAUUAGGUUUAGUGUACAUAGUUAGGAUUGUAGUUUUACACAGAAAUGAUAGGUAUCCAAGUGUUGUGAUGUUUUCAUUUAGAUUGUUGAUAUUCAACAAAUAGCAUACAGUAUGCAGGAGUGACAAUUUUCCAUUUGUAUGAAACCAUGUGUCAGGCCAUGAGAGAGGAGAGCUGUUUAACACUGGUGCACUUGUUCUAAAGGAAUUUUCAAUGUCUUCAAUUUUCACACGUAUAGUACUUUUAAUUUCUCAAGGUCUUGUUGUAUAUCAGCUAGAUAGAUCCAAAAGUUUCAAGUUAUGUGAGAAAUAUUCAUAAAUAGUGCAUUUGUUCUAAAGGAAUUUUAAUGUCUUCAAUUUUCACA